CUUUUGACAACUUAAUUAGAUCAUAUCAACAGGUUACGUGCUCCGUAGCUUUGUACAGCGCGCCAAAACAGUUGUUAUUCCUUAAUUGGCAAAUAACCAUAUUAGAACCGUGUAAGUGACAAAUUCAUUUAAGUAACUUAACAAUCAGAUUGAAUAUGCAACCGAAAACUUUACUGGAAAUCUCUUCUCAUUAUUUUUUGGAAAAUGUAGAUCAUGUUCCGUUCUGGUUGGCUCUUACACCGAAAAAAGGUCUUCUUUACAUAUUUUCAAGCGAUAAGUUCUCCGACCCAAAACCUUGCCAUCUCCUAAUUUCAAAAAUUGUCAUUUCUGACGAUUCUACUAGUGAAAUUGCUUCUCAGAAUGUGAUUCCCUCUUCAUCCGACCAAAUUUCAAUCUGGAGUUUGGAAUGUUUAAGGUGUUUUAGGAGAGAAAUUUGUUGGCCGUUAGCAGAGCGAAUCAUCGAGAAAAAUUGGAUAUAUUUGGUGUACAGUUUCAAGCAGAAUGUAAUCAAGAAGAAUUUAUUAAUUCCUACUUUGGCUUACACUCUGGCGCUUCGAAAGCCGCGGUCAUUUUACUACUUAUAUAGUAAAAUUGUUGAUAGGCUACAACGAAACACGUUUUCGAAAAUAUUCUCCCAAGUACUACUUUCCAAUAUGGACGAUAAACUUGAUUUGUUAGAGAAAUUGAUUAAGGUUGGAGAUAAAUUAAAGGAAAAUUAUAAAGAUAUGGAAAUGGAUUUAGUUAAGGCCUGUACCGUUAAAGGUGUAAAAUUUGAGGACUUCCAAAGUGUUAUGCUUAUGAAUCCUAUUACAAGAAAUUUAUCGCUUUGUUCCAAUAGAAUUAUCCUUCAUAGCUUCAUGCAGGGUAACAAUGAAAUAUUCUUAUUUAUGGCAUCAAAAUAUCCAGAGACUUUGGACUUGUUUGAAAGACCGGGUCAUCACGUUCCAUUCCUGCUCGGUACUUCUCCGGAAAUUGCUGAAUUCCUAUGCUUAAAUUCGAUGAAAAUGAUUAAUAUGUUACAUAGUUGGCUGUCUAGUCUCGAACAUUCUGAUUUCAUUUCGGUUCAGAAUAUACUAAAGAUGGAUAUUACAAAUUUUUAUCGAGUAAAGCCUAUGAUUGACUAUUUUUCAAAGACCAAAGUCUUACAGCUAUUUUACAAUGUUUGGCAUCGUAAUCUAGAGAAUCAAUUACAGAAGAGAGGAAGAAAUUUCUAUCUCCCUUGCCUAUUUGCAAUUGUGAGAUGUUUGGACGAGUAUAAUAUGUCUGUACAAGAUAUCGGUAAUAAAUUCUGUGAUCUAUUUUUGCAACAAGAAUCAGCAAUGGGUGAUAUGGAUUUCUGGUAUCAAGAUCUAUGUCAUUUUGCAGAGAAAGUAAUAUUCAUACUUGUUAAGUAUGGUUUUACGUUUUGCGGGAAGUUUCCCCCAAUUAAUGACCUAUUUACACCGAGUAAUUUACUAACUACUCUUCAAAUUUUAUAUUUUACAUCAAGCAACGAGCUGACAAUUUCUACUCACUUCUUGCAUAAGACUAUUAUGUCUGACGAACCGAGAUCGCUCGUUAAUCUCUCUGCAGUUGUUAUUCGAAAGCAUAAGACGAGAAGUAUGAAAGAGCUACUCAAGAGGUUGGCUCUGCCUAAAGAGAUAAAUCGACAAAUUACAAUGAAAGAACAAUUGAAAAAGUUCAAUACGGAGAAUGAGAGAAAAGCGAUAAGAGAUGUAAUGACAGGAAUAUUUAUGGGUAGAACACACCAAAAUUGUUCCGAUUUGAAAAGAGAGAACAACUACCUUUUACAAAACUUAUUACAAUCGCCAAGAUGGGAAGGUUCCGAGGAAAAUUCACCGGAUAUUUUACAAGAAUACGAGGUGGACGAUCACUUUGAUUAUUGAUACGUAUAAUAUAGAAGUUUAACAUUCAUAAGUAAUUAUUAAUAAUUAUUGUAGGAUUAUCAUUUAUUAAAAAAAAAAACAAAAAAAAAAGAUUACUAGUAGUUUAUUAAUUUUUGUUUAUGACUUUAUUUUGUUUAGUGCUAAUUUUGUAUUGAAAUAUUUAUGUUAAGUAAAUUUUUCAAACGAUGGCCAUAUUUUUUAAAUAACGUUUUUUUUUUUCAUUUUUC